GGGGGCAGUUCCGAGCGAGCGGAGGGAUUGCGAGGGCCGGGCAGAGAGAGACAAAGAGACGGGAGGACAUGAGCGCCGGGAGAGCGCCCGGGAGCGGCUGAGCCCGGGGAAAGCUCCUUCCCCGCCGGCAGGGCCAGCGGCAGCGCAGGGAACAGGUCGCCCCCGGCUUUUUCUUGGGUUAUUAUAUCUAUCUUUAUUUAUUUUUUUUUUUUUGGCAAGGGGGACAAAGGAGCAAGUGUCCCCAUGGGGAGAGGAGGGGAGAAAGGAGGGGAGGCGGGGGAGCCGGAGGCGCAGCUCCGCUGCUACACCUGGGAGGAGAUCCAGAAGCACAACCUGAGGACGGACAAGUGGCUGGUGAUAGAGCGCAAGGUUUAUAACAUCACCAAGUGGGCAAACAGGCACCCGGGGGGUCACCGAGUGAUCAGCCACUGCGCCGGAGAAGAUGCCACGGACGCAUUCCAGGCCUUCCAUAUCAAUCCCACCUUGGUGCAGAAGUUUCUCAAGCCAUUGCUCAUUGGAGAGCUUGCUCCAGGGGAACCCAGCCAGGACAGAGAUAAAAACUCCCAGCUGGUGGAGGAUUUCCGGGCCCUGAGGAAGACAGCAGAGGACAUGAACUUGUUCAGAGCAAGCCCUUUGUUCUUCUCUCUUUACUUGGGCCAUAUUAUUGCAAUGGAAGUUCUGGCUUGGUUCAUGGUUUCAUACUUUGGUACUGGCUGGAUCACAACUCUCAUCCUUGCCUGCAUCCUUACGACUUCCCAGGCCCAGGCAGGGUGGCUGCAACAUGAUUUUGGACACCUCUCUGUUUUCAAGAAGUCUUCCUGGAACCACAUUGUCCACAAGUUUGUCAUUGGACACCUGAAGGGUGCCUCUGCAAACUGGUGGAACCACCGUCACUUCCAGCAUCAUGCCAAGCCCAACAUAUUCAAGAAGGACCCAGAUGUGAACAUGCUGCAUAUUUUUGUCCUCGGAGAGACACAGCCUGUUGAGUAUGGCAAGAAGAAGCUGAAGUACCUGCCUUACAACCACCAGCACGAAUACUUCUUCCUCAUCUUCCCACCUCUGCUCAUCCCUGUGUAUUUCCAAAUCCAAAUCAUCUCGACCAUGAUCAGGCACAGGUUCUGGGCGGACCUCGCCUGGGCCAUCAGCUACUACAUACGCUACUUCAUCACCUACAUCCCAUUCUAUGGUGUCCUGGGGUCCCUGUUUCUCCUCACUUUUGUCAGGUUUCUGGAGAGUCACUGGUUUGUCUGGGUCACCCAGAUGAAUCACAUCCCAAUGGAAAUUGAUUCUGAGAAGCACAGAGACUGGCUUAGCUCUCAGAUGGCAGCCACGUGCAACAUUGAGCAGUCCUUCUUCAAUGACUGGUUCACUGGGCACCUGAAUUUUCAAAUUGAGCACCACCUGUUUCCAACAAUGCCACGGCACAACUUCUGGAAGGUGAAACCUUUGGUGAAGUCCUUAUGUGCCAAGUAUGGAGUCCAGUAUGAAGAGAAACCUCUUGGAAAAGCAUUCGUAGACAUUGUUGGGUCCCUAAAGAAAUCUGGAGAUCUGUGGCUGGAUGCUUACCUCCAUAAGUGACCAUAAAUCUUAAUGGGGAGGUGAUUCAUUCUGCUUCUCCCUAAACCAACACAAGCCCCUGAUUCCCAGACCCCUGAGACUCCCUUAGGCUUCAGUGAGCCCUGGCAAACCCAGGACACCCCAAGUCAGCCUCUUCUCCCCCUGUUCUUGCAAAAGAGGAGCUCAGCACAGAGUUUCACUUUGUUAUCCAGGAAAAACUAACACGGUCCAUGAUGCCCCUGGCAAGAGGGAGCUGAGAUGGGCUGCCAUGCCCACCAGCCCUGCCUGCAGGAAUCUCAUCCCACAGGGACACAGGAUGGAGCUUUCAGCCCUUCCCAGAGCCUCCCCCCAAGUAGGGCUCCCUCCUUUCUCUCUCUCCUUUCUCUCCCUCCUUUCUUUCUCUAACCAUAACAUCACUUUAGGAAAAGCUGUGAUACUGACCCUGCACAACUCAUCUCUAACCACCUCCCAGCAGGUGUAUUUUGAUGACCAGGCCUUAUUCCCAGGGGCUCCAUGGAAGAUCUUUGGGCAUGAACAGCAAAAAGCCUCCUUUAGGAAAGGGUCUUUUUUCCCUUUAAUGAGCAACAAGGCCUGGCACAGCAUCGUGCCUGGCAGUACAUGACACAAAUGACCAAAUUAAGUCACAUAAGCUACUAAUUGCUGCUGAGUGCCCCAGUGUAACCACAAACAGGCUUUUCAGCAGAGCAGCCUGGGAGGCUGCUGCAAGAACCAGGGUUCUGCCUCUCUGCACAGGCCUGGCAGGAACCAAACCUCUGCCUCCUUGUCAGAGGCCAGGAGCCAUGGCACUGUUUGUCCUUCUCCUGCAACCAAUCAGCCAGGAAAAUGAGUCCUCCCUCCAAAAUAAGGAGCUGCCCAACCCAGCUUGGCCCUUCAGGAGGCAGCUGAGGACAGAACUGACCAGGAAACCCUUCUGGAGAACCCUCCUACCAGUUGUCUAAACCUCUCUUUUUUUUUUUUGUUUUUUUUUCCCAAGACCUAAUUACCAAAACCCAUUCAUGGCUCAGCAGGAGAUAUGGUUGAACAGCUUCCAGGGGCUUCUGUCACAGGCAACCUGAUGCCAAAAUAAAUCAAGGGCUUUAGAUUUGGUUGUAAUACAACCAAAGAGAUGGACCCUUUCGUUGAUGAGAAAGGGCCAUGGUUUCAAAAGGAGCCUUCAGUUCCACCAGCUGCUUCCUGGCUCACUCUGAACACCCAGCAGGGAUGCUCCAGCUCUUAGGCAAUGACUUUACACACCUCCUACUUUGCUCAGCUCUGGAUCCUCUAGUAAACCCUUCCAUGCUAAAUAGAGGCCCAAAAAUCAACAGGGUUCUUUAGGAGCAAAGACAACUCCAGGACUGUGACCAGCCACUUCAAAAAAAGAUCCAUGUAUUUCCCAAGCCUUUCUUUGGAGAAUAAAAUGAGAUUAUUUCUUUGCUUACAGAUGGGAAAUUCACAGGCAGGACUGCAACUUCAGCUAGCUAGGAAUGCCUAAGGUUUGUCAAGGGCUGAUUUGGGUGUUUUUGAUGGCAACACCUGACUCCCACCAGGAAUGGCUGGGAUGAAAAGCUGCUGGCUCUGGGUUGUCUGAAGCUUAAGCAGACUUUGAGCCAUUUUUAUAGGGAAUUCCUAAUAGCAUAAACAAUAACAUCCUUUUGGAUGCUGUGAUUUCCCAGACAGGCAGCAAGGAGCCUGCCUGGGAUGGUGGCUGACAUUAAGACUGCCUUAACACGUGCAUCUCUCUCUGUCUCCUUGAAUGUAACUCACUGUCUCUGCUCCAGCAAGGAUGACCCCAAGCACCCAGCACUGUCAUCUUUUCAAUAUUCAGCUUGUUCUUCUGACAGUUUCCUAUUUUUUCCCCCCUCUGGGUCUCACUUCCAGAGCAAGUAUCUUCUCACUACAGAUGCCUCUUCCCCCUCAGCACUCUCCCCUCUUCUCCCUCUUACCUUUCUUCCUGGGAACUUCUUUUUAACACAGAGAAACUGCAGCAACCUGGUAGCUCAGCUUAGGCAAACAGUCCUGCUUUAGCAACCUGGCUUCCCUUUUGCCACUCACCAGUCUACCAGAGGACUGGUUUUCUGCUAGUAACCCAAAGGAUUGCCAAGACAACAGCCUGGCCUGACUGGAGACAGCAGCUACCACUGAUGAUGGCUGAAGACCUUGUCACAUUCCAGGACAGCAACGACCUGCAGGAGGACAGACCAGCUCUUAGGCAAAUGGGAUUAUUAUCUUUUUUUUUCCCCCUAAGGCCUUAGCAGAAGAUUCCAAAGGGAAGAAAGGGGGAGAAGAGGAGAGGGCUUGUAACUCUGCCCCAGCUUCUGGCUUCUUUCAGACUCUUGAAAAAUUCCCCUCUCAUGAAAAAUGUUCAGUUGCUCAAAUCCAGCAAUAAAAACUGUGUAAUGUUACAGUCAGAA